AUGGUAUUCCAAGAGCUUUAUGGUUAUGAUAUUGAAGGGCUGAUGAUUCAAAGGCGAAACCAAUCAACAAUCAAAGAAUUUUACCUUCUGGGAUUCCAAACCUCUCACAGUUCAAGGAUUAUCCUUGUCUCCAUCCUCCUUGUGGUCUAUGUGUUAGCAUUCAAUGGAAACCUGCUGAUAAUAGCUCUGGUUUCAUCUACUCAAAGACUCCAUUCUCCAAUGUACUUAUUCCUCUCCAACUUGUCCUUCAAUGAUAUCAUGCUCGCUACAGCUACCGUCCCAAGUGCACUCCAUCUUUCGUGCUCUGAUGCAACAGUUGUACAGAAUGCACUAGUUAUUAUCGCUACUCCAGAAACUGUCAUUGAAACAAUGUUUAUCAUUUCUACGUAUGUUUGCAUCUUUCUCGCUAUACACAGGAUAUCAUCCACCACUGGGAGACAGAAAGCCUUAUCUACGUGUAGCUCCCACCUCGCUGUCGUGUGCUUGUAUUACGGGACUAUAAUUGCUAUCUAUGUAUUUCCUCCUAGAAGUGAUUCAUUGAAUACCAACAAGAUUGUGUCCCUUUUGUAUACUGUUGUGCCCCCUUUUUUAAAUCCUAUUAUAUACAGCCUGAGGAACCAUGAGAUCAAAACAGCAAUAAAGAAGAUAUUUCAAAAGAAUUUUAUGAAGGAGAUACAUGGAUAA